AUGACGCGAGACAUGGAGGAGCAGCCGCUCUGGCACCGACUCUGCUACGGCUCCCUCCUCACCUGCGCCAUCGCAUAUACUUCGACAUCGGCGUGGCGCGCCGUGACGGGCGUCCCUACACGGACUACCUGGAUGGCCGCAAGCGGCGCAAGAAGCUUACUGCUGUCCUGCCGCACCCUGUACGCCGAAGUAGCCACUCUGCUGUAUUCUGCCAACCAAUUCGUCAUAUUCUACUCACACGAGGCCGCUCUUGGACCGCUUCACGCCCUCUCGUCAACGGCCGUCUCCUCUUUGACGAGCCUUAAGAUCGGUCUUAACGAGUGCUCGUGUCACCAUCGCGUCGACUCGCACAACUUCCCGCCGCCUUGCUGUUACGGCGACGUCGACGUCGAGCAUGAGCCGCGGCCCAAUAGUGACCGUGCCCACUGCGCAAAGCACCACGGGAGUGCUAUAUUGACUACAUGGCACGAGGCUGCGGUCCACUUGUGUUCCCAUGUUAGCGCUGGACGUCUCGCUCUCUCGUUAGUCUGCGAUAUCGACCAUCAGCACGAGUAUGCACGGGAGGCUGGCCAGCUUGUCGUCGCCCCUCUCGCCCCCUUCCCGCCGCUUAAAGACUGCCAUGUACGGCUUUGCAAACAAUGGGACCGCCCGCUUCAGCAGCUAGCCGAAAGCGCUGUCCGACAAGCCUGCCCUAGGCCUUCACCUCUUCGCCUUGCACCUGCCAAGGUACCGUCGCUUCUGGUAAACCUGCCACGCGAGCUACGACUUCUUAUUCUCGAGUACACAGACCUGGUAACCACCUGGACCGAGGUUACAUGGUGCAGGCGAUAUCGCCGCUAUCAAGUAUGCCAGCCGUCUUGUCUAGAUUCCGAGGGUGAAUGUCAGCCUUUUAUUCAUCACGGGUGCCGGCUAAACCGAUGCCUUGGCGCCGACCCCAAGGAACUGCUACCACCCUCGCCAGGCUCUCCACCAACCAGCCUCUUUCUCCUCUGCCGCACCUUAUACCGCGAUGCUCAGCUUGUCUUCUUCUCGCGGAACCGUUUCAUUGUUCACGGUGUCCAGGCGUUCCCGUUCUGGGCCCUGCCCCCAAUCCAAGACGAAGCACGGGACCCGGGAACCGCCAGCAACAAGGCGUACUACCUAUACAAUCGUCUCGCUACGUCAGAUUUCCUCCGAGAUGCCGUCCCUACCGACUGUCUCGCUCACCUCCGCUUCCUCGAGCUCGUCUUUCCCCCUUACAUGCCCGGCGAAUGGCCCGUUGGUAAACACCCCGCCAUACUAGUCUGGCGCGACACGGUCAAUUGGCUGCGUGGUAAGAUCGACGCACUGGCGCUUACGAUCCGUGUCGUCUUCGCCGACUUCCUUUACGACCCAGCGGCGAGCCGCAAGGGGACGACCAAGGAUGAAGGGUGGCAGAUUAUGAAAGGUUACAAGCACAUCAUACAUCCUUUGAAACCCCUCGUCGAGCACGACGGCCUGGCCGCGCUCUACGUACAGGCAGCAUUUCCCUGGGCAUGGGCACGGGACACCGUCCGACAGCGAGAUCCUGGGGACGACUGGCGUCGUGGCCUGCGUCGGCAACAGCCAGAUGUUGCGGGGAUAUAA